AUGGUUGAUGGACAACAAGAUGCACAGCCACACACCUUGAAGGAUUAUGUAUGGCCAGUUUUGAAUGACAAUUACUCGGAUAUAAGAUGCUGGACCAUUAAUGCCAACAACUUUGAGCUCAAACCAGCCUUGAUCAGCAUGGUGAAACAAGCCCAAUUUAGCAUAUCACCACUUGAUGAUCCCAAUAUUCAUUUGGCAAUGUUUUUAGAGAUUUGUGAUACUACUAUAGUUGAUGCUGCAAUUGGUGGAACUGUGAUGUCAAAGACCGCUAAGGGUGCUACUUCUCUUUUGGAAGAAAUGGUCUCAAACAACUAUCAAUGGCCAACCGUAAGAACAAUGGCUAAGAAAGUUGCUGGGAUUCAUGAAUUGGAGCCAUUUUCUGCCCUUUUAGCUCAACUUGCUUCUCUAUCUAAUCAGAUUUCAGCUUUGACAACCUAA